AUGGAAUAUUAUUGUGGCGGUGUCUGGAUCAGUGUGAAAUUCGCCAUGACAACUGCUUAUUGCUUGACGUACCAUCACGACAUUUCCCACGUAGGUCAACUCGAUCAGCAGAACAAAUGGCCUCAACGUUCCCCACUCACUUACGAGAUAAGAUCUAAAUUUUACUUCCCAAACUACACUCGCGAAGGCGUCCAUUGGUUCGAAAAUGAUAUCGGACUUGUUCGAGUUGAUAAAUCGCAUUACUGGCAAAAUUAUCCGAGAUUCAUGAAAAGUUGGCAGCGAUGGGGUGAAAUAACGACAAAACCUGUUCUCAUGCACGGCUUUGGCAGAACGGAAAACGGCGAUUAUUCGACAUUUCUGAAGUACAUGACGGGAAGAUUGCACCUAAAAGACUCGUAUUCUCAGAAAAAUUGUGAUAUUCCAGCUGUUAAAAUGGAAAUGGCGUUUUGUAUGGAACCUAUGGAGCCCUUCGAUGAAAUUGACAAUGGAGAUAUGGGAAAUGUUGUUUAUUAUGACGUAAAAGAUCCGGAGAAUUAUGGACCUGAAAAUCGAGUUAUUUUGGGAAUCGUGAGUUUCAAGUAUGGAGACCCGAGAAAUAUUAUUCUGACGAAUGUUUCGUAUUAUGAAGAAUGGAUUCGAAGUACAAUAAUUGAAAAUCCGUAUUAA